AUGGACAGCGCGUCCUCGAACCCCUACGAACAAGAGCUGUACCGUGUGUUCAAAACCUUCGACGUAGGCGACCAGGGCGCCCUGGACCGCGCCGCCGUGCUGCAGCUCUGUGACACGUUGCAGCUCGAGGCCCGCGGCGCCGCGCUCGUCGACUCGCUGUUCGAGCGGCGCGCCGAGCGCGUCACCUUCGCGCAGUUCCGCGCCGGCCUGCUGUCCGCGCUCGGCGAGCCGCCCGCCGCGCCCGCGCCCGACCACAGCGACGACGACUCGUCCGGCCGCGAGGUGGCCCCCAAGUUCGUGUGCGGCGCCAAGAAGUACGGGCGCCGCUCCCGUCCGCAGCGCAGCGCACCCGCCGUCGCACGCCUUCGUGGCGCUUCCGAGUCGCGCCUCGACAGCGCGCGCGCCGUGCCCCGCGCGCGCGGCAAGCGCAGCGCCUCCGCCAUGGAGAGCCGCGACGACGCGCUCGACCACGAGCGGCCCGUGGACCGCGAGCGCGCGCUCGCGCUGUGCCGCGGCCUGCGCAUGGACGGCGUCGACCGCGAGCUCGUGGAGCGCGUGUUCGCCGCUGCCGCCGCAGACGAGGUCACCGUCGGCGAGUUCUUCGACCGGCUGAACGCCUCGCUGGCGAGCUCGCUGGCCGCCGCGGGCGAGGUGGGCGGCGACGUGCUGGCCAGUGACGCGGUGGCUGACGCGUGGGAGCGCGCCGGAGUGCAGCGGCCGCGCCGCCUGCUGGCCGAGCUGGGCUUCGCGGGUGCCGCGCUGCGCGUACCCGAGCUGGAACGCGCGCUGGACGACGAGCUGCGCGCGCUGGCCGCGCCCGAGCCGCCCGAUGCGCGCGCUUUGCUGCUGCAGGCCACCGCCGCGCUAGCGCGCCUGCGCCUCGACGCGGCCGCGCGCCCGCUGGCCGCCGCGCGCGCCGAGCGCGACAAGCUGCGCGCUGACCUGGCUGAGGCCGACCGGCGUGCGCGCGUGUUGGCGCAGGACGUGGAUGACAACCACGCGCGCCUGGAGGCCGAGCUGCAGGCUGGCCUGCGCCAGCUGGAGGCGCGCCACGCGGAGGCCGCGCGCGCCGCCGCCGCCGACGCGGCCGCCGAGCGCGAGCGCGCCGUCGCCGCGCGCCGGCAGCUGGACGCCGAGACGGCGCGCCGCGUGGACGCCGAGGCGCGGCUGCGCAGCGAGACCGCCGCGCUGCGCGACCAGAUACAAGACCUACAGGAGCAGGCGAAGACUCUGGAGGCUUCGGCGACGAGCGCGACGCGCGAGGCGGCGCGCGCGGUGCACGAGGCGGAGGCGGCGGCGCGGCGCGAGGCGGCGCACGAAGAGCGCGCGCGCGCUGCCGGCGCAGAGGCGGAGGCGCGGCUGGCCGAGCUGCGCGCAGACAAUCAGCGCCUGCGCGACCGCACCGACGAGCUCAGCGCUGCGCUGGAGGCGAGCGUGCGCCAAGCCGCCGCGCACUGCGCGCGCGCUCCCAGCUGGCGCGACGAGGUGGCCCUGCACGCCGCGCCCUGCCUCCAUGAGAGUCCCGGAACGUCGCCGAUUGCGAGACUGACGAAACUACAUUUGAGCCAAAUUGUAACAAAACUGGAACCGUUUUUUGAUAGUGAAUCGAUAGUGAACUCCGAGCGAACAGAGAACUGUCCCCGAUGCACGGCCGUGCGAGACACUGUGGCCACGCUGAGAACAGUCGUGCGAGAGUUGCAUUCGGAGGUGCCUUCGCUCGGGCUGGAGGCCGGCGCGCAGACGGAGCCGGGGCUCGCGGAGGAGGCGGAGGGCCUGCGCAGAGAGCUCAGCGAGGCGCGGCAGAGGCACGAGAGCGACAAGCGGCACAUGAGCGACGCCAUGGCGGAGCUGCAGCGCGGCGCGGAGGCGCUGCGCGCGGAGCUGGAGCGCGCGGAGGAGUACUGGGCCGCCAAGCUGGACGAGGAGCGCGAGAUGUACGCCGACGAGCAGCGCGCCGGGGACGAGCGGCUGGCGGAGCUGGUGGCGAAGAUCGCGGAGUACGAGCGCCAGUUCGCGCGCCCCGCGCCGCUGCCGCCCAUCGACGAGAGCGCGGCGCUGGAGCGCCAGGUCACGGACCUCGAGCUGGAGUUCGGCGCCUACCGCGCGGAGAAGGAGGCCCAGCUCGCCGCCAGGGCGGCGGAGGUGCAGCAGCUGCAGCAGCGGCUGGAGGCGCUGGAGCGCCGCACGCCCGCGCGCGCCGCGCCGCCCGCCGCGCUGCCCGCCGCCCCGCCCGCCGCGCCGCCCGCCGCGCCGCCGUUUUUAGCGCUUGGCUGCAAUCAGACUUGCUGGCUAGUGAUGACGCAGCGUACACCAUGGAGCGCGCUCGCCUAG